GCUGUUGCUACUAUUGCUCUUUCACACUCUUGCUCUCUCUCCGUCAACCGUAUUUAUCGACGUUAUGACUUGCGGCUGUGCGCGUCCUCAUUUGUGCUUAUGUUCGAACAUUUUUCGAAUGGGAAAACAGAAAGAUGGAAAAAUGAAUUGGAAAUGAACCGAAAAAUGACGACGACCAUGAUGAUGUUGAAAAAAGCUGAUGCAUGGAAAUUAGAUGCAUGAAACUCGGAAUUAAUUGGAUGUUUUGAUGCGAGGAAAAAAAAAGCUUCUUUUCUUGUUCUAUGAAUAAUUUUUCUUCUUCUUCAUUUUCAAUGGGCUGAAUAUUCGGUGUGUGAAUUGCUGCGGCAAAGCUACACACGACUUUUCACCAUUUUGGAUCACUGUAGACGUAAGCGGAAGGAACGCGAAUGAACGAAAGAGAGAAUGAGAAACGAAUGAGGCAGCGUGAGAACGGGAGAGAGAGAAGAAAAACCACUUCGUAUGAGUAACAGUCUGAGCACGUGUAUGUACUACUAUUGUGAGUGUGUACGCGUGCGAUGUGUUGACAUUUGGUUCUGUUUUUGUUUUCUGUCAAUUCGUCGCUGGCGAAUAAACAGUGCACGAUUUCUCGUUCUCUCUGAAACAACGUCACAACUUCUUUUUUUUCUUCUUCUUUAUUUCAUAUACAUAUUUGUUUUCAAUUUUCCGUUGUUACGUUUUUUUCUUCCUUUUGUUGCAUUCGUUUGAUUGGACAGUGUAUGUUUGUUUUUUUCCUGUGUCAUAAAACAAUGGAUGGCAUGAAAUCCGAAAUUCAUUUGUCUCCGGAAAUUCUACAAGAAUGCUUAGGUGAUGCGAGUUGUUUCGGUGCGAUCAAGCAUGAGCGUGAUAUAACAUUGACGUUAAAUAGCAUUGAAUUUAAAAAUGCCAAAUAUAUCGCUGAUCAAACACCGACACCUACCACACGAUUGAUCCGGAAUUGUGAGGAAUUUGGCCUAUUCGAUGACCUGAAGCACGUGAAUCCGUUUGAAGAGACAUUUCGACAGGCGAUCGAUUGUAAAACGAAACGGCCCAGCGUUCUAUUGACCACACAAAAUUCCCUGGAAGUUAUUAAGAGCAACGAUGAGGAUACCCUACAUACACCGCACAUUAUUCCAUACAAUACGAUUGGCGAUAACAAAGACGAUUCAACGAAAAUUGACGCAAAAAGUCUGAUCGAUACAGCAAAACAACCAAGUUUAGAUAAGAGGACAAUCGUGAACGUUACAGAUGAAUCAACCGCGCCCAAUCCAAUUGUUGUAUCAAAUGUCAGUGAUAAAAAAGAUAUUAAGACGAUUGUUGUUUGUGAAAAGGGUCCAACACCGCCAAAAACUAUCAAGAUCGCCGAUAAUACAAAAGCCACAACUGAUGAGGUCACACCGAAAACAUUUCGCAAAAUUUGCCCAAAACCAAUCGUACCGAUCGUUUCGAAUCCAAUAAAGGAAAAAAUUCGUGAGUCACUAUUGAAACUUAGAACAUCACUGCCCAUUGACGAUAACGAGCCCGAUGCAAAAGUCCCCAUCGCAAAUUUUUAUAUUCCAACUUCAAACGAAUCGCACACCCGAAAUAACCCUAAGGUUGAGAUAAGGCUACCGGUGGUCAAACGAAAUAUCGCCACGUUUCAUGAUAAUACCGCAAUCGAACGUAAUCGUGAGGCGGCCAAACGAUAUCGAAAUAAACAAAAAAUAUUUCAUGAUGCGCUACAGCAGCGAAACAAACAGCUGGAAGCCGAAAAUGCCAUGCUCAAAAAACAGUUACAAUUAUUCAAAAAAGCUCAUGAACAUUGCUCCGUGAGUCUGUAUGAGAUUUAAUUAGAUUUUUACAACAAAAAAACAGUAUUUUAUUACAUAUUGUUGAAUUUAAAAUAAGACGAGAAAUUUUUUGAUAACAAAUUACAGAGAAAAAUACUCAAAAUAUAAGACAUUCACAGAUCUCCUAACUCGCAAAGUACCUUAAUUUUAUUUUAUUUUCACUCGACAUUCGCGUGAAAAUGAUUUAUAGCUAUUAUCUAUCUAUUUUUGUAAUCAAUAAAUUUCUGUUUCGAUAAUUAUUA